UUGGAGCAGCUCGGCUGCCUGCAAUCCAACAUGGAGUAGAGAGAGAUGGGGCUCUAGCGGGGCCACCCCUCGGUAACAACAGCGACGACGCGCUUUUUACGCACAAUUGGAACCGGAGUCGUCGGUGAAAACAUGCGCCUUAGGACUUAAAAACGGAGAGUGUGCCUUGUGUGUGUGUGUGUGCGCGCGCGUGCGUUUGGGGAGGGAGGGGGGCGAAGAGAAGAGCUGGAUUCGGCUACCAAACUAUCUGUAUAGGCUACGUUACCUACUGAAGGCGAUGGGGUAUUAAAGUUAGGCUACAGGGGCAUUCGCGAUCCAAAAGAAACUGGGUGGCUCCGGGGGAGAAAGAGGGGGAAAGUGAGGAAAAGAAGACAGAGGCAAGACCUGUCGAAGGCAAGCCGGAGAGCCGACACUCGCACAAAGGCGCAGGGGGAUUUAUGCGGAAUUGGAGACAAAAUCGGAGGAGACGCGGUGAAAGAAUGACGAGCGAAAAGUAUGCAACCGCCGUGGUACAUUACCUGAGGUGAAACGAGAAAAUGAUAGAAGAAACACACCCAAACGAUGACAGCUACAUCGUGCGUGUGAAAGCGGUGGUGAUGACUCGGGACGACUCGAGCGGCGGCUGGCUGGCCCAAGACGGGGGAGCUCUGAGUAGGGUUGGGGUGUGCCGCCUCCUGCCACCGGAGCUGGCGCCCAUGCCGGCCUCCAGCUUUUCCCAGUUCCUCAUCCGUGGUGAGCGGCUGCGGGAUAAACAGGUGAUCCUGGACUGUCCGCUGAGGAAGGACCUUGUGUACACCAUAGCAACGCCCACAUUUCACCAUUGGAAGGUGGAGGACAGGAAGUGUGGCCUGUCCUUCCAGAGUCCAGCUGACGCCAGAGCAUUUGACAGAGGGGUACGGAAAGCCAUUGAGGACCUAGCAGAAGGCUCCACAACGUCCUCCACAGCACUCCAGAAUGAGGGCGAGCUGGGCGACGACGACGUCUUUACUAACACCACAGACAGCUCAUCCAACUCCUCCCAGAAACUGGAGAGCUCUCUGCAGCCGCUCGAGUCCUCGCCCCUUCCGCAGAGACACAAGUGCAUGCUGGGACAUCGCCACGACCUCCAUGACCCCUACCGGCUCUCAGACCACUACUUCUUAGACCAGCCCUUGUCUCGGAUUCCCCGUCACGUCACCUUCCAGGAGGACGAGGAAAUCGUCCGUAUCAACCCUCGGGAGCGCAGCUGGGAACGAACCCCCGAGCGUCACCUUGGCCGUCAGUACGAUCGCCCGUGGCUCACGGGCUACGAGGACUACCGCCACGCCACAGUGCGUGACAAGUUCAUCCAAAUGGAAGACUCCUACGUCCAUUUUUCCAAGACAGAGGCGCAGAAGCAUGACUACACCUAUCCGUUGGCACCGGCCCUGUCGCCCUCAGACUCUGACCCGGCCCUCGGACCCUUGGUCAAUAAGAGCCACAGCGGCUCGUAUCACCAAGGCUUCUCCUCUGUGGUCUCCACCCAGCCCCGUUCCUUCCUUCCGAGCUCCUCUCCGUCAACCAAUGGAGGGAAAGGGCGGAAGGAGGACGGGGUGGAGCGCAUUCAGUGUGAGCAUUGCGGCGAGGCCUUUUACACAUCCGACAACCGGAGAGGGCGGUGCCAGGAUGCGCCAGACCCUGUGCGGGCGUGUAUCCGGCGGGUCAGCUGCAUGUGGCUGGCAGACACCAUGCUCUACCACUGCAUGUCCGACCCAGAAGGGGACUACUCAGACCCCUGCUCCUGUGACGGGGCGGAGGGCAGCGGGGGAGGCCGACUCGGCUCACGCUGGUUAGCUCUGCUUGGUCUGUCUCUGGUGGCGCCCUGCCUCUGCCUCUACCCGCCUCUCCACGCUUGCCAUCGGGCGGGGCUCAGGUGUGGCUGCUGCGGAGGCCGACACAAAGCCCUGAGCUGAGCAGCCGCGCUUGGAAACCUCUCGGAGGAAACAACAAAAAACCUAAACCCAACACAAGCACAGGGAAAGGGAAGGAUGGGGAAAUACAGAGGGGACAAGUGGUCAUGGCUGCUCGCUCUCUUGCCUUGGUUUCUCUGGGUUUCUCUACAAAUUCCAGACACUGAAAUAAGCCAAAAAAAAAAACAGUUGGUGCAUUUUCGGAACGGCCUGGGAAGAUAAGCUCCCCCUUACGGCAGACAGUUCUCUCAGCUCUCCACGUGGCCAUUUAAUGCUCUGUUUCUAGUGAGAGAGUACUCUUUUUCAGGGGGCCUUUUUUUUUAUAGCUGACUUAUACGUCAUGUAUCACAUAUGCAGGUACUUUAUACUUUGUACACUGACUUUGCGUCAAAGAACUUGAAUUGUUUCUUUGUUGUAUUUUUUUUUCUCUCCUUUCGAUGUACGCGUGGCCAUUUUGUUUAUAUUCCAAUAUCAGGCCCGCUCAGCUCAACUCCAGCUACAAGAGAAAUCAGACACUACACCUCUUUGCGCGCGCGUGUGAGAGAGAAUGGUAUAUGUGCAUGCUUAAAACAUGCGUGUCUCCUUUAGUUGUCUGUACUGCAGCUUAGAGUAAAGCUCAUGUAUAUAGUCUACACAGCUCUCCACCAUCGACAUCUUCUUUGUUCACUGAAACAAACGUGGUACUCAUCUUAAUCUUCUAAUAUCCCAAAGAUUCAUGUUUUUAUCCUAUUUAUUUUCUCUCUGAAUUGGUCUACCAGCGAAAGGGUGCUGGGCUGUGAUUUACUCACUGAAUGAGUGCUUAUGAUACUCUCGCAUACGUCUCCCUGCUCCUUUCACGUUAUUUCAAGCAGUGCCUAAACUAUCACCCAAACCAGGAAACCAUCCAGUCUUAGAAGUCCAGUCAGUUUUUUGGCUUAUUUUACCUAACAUGCACUCAAAGCAGUUUGCGAUUUUAAGGCUCAGAGUUCCUCAUUCUCUGCAGAACCGCAGUAAGCUGUCUUUGUCCCAUCAAGGACUGACAAAUCAAUCGGAGAUACCGUUAAAGUUGGUGCCCGUUAUGCCUUAAAAUGUGGAGUCUUGCUCCAAACUUCACCCCUGUCCCAGCAAUCAGCCUCACCACAUACUCUUUUAAACUUGGUUUAAACUAUUUUUGUAAUGAAAAGUAACUAUUUUAAAAAGAUCUCAUGAAGUGUAUAAACUAGGGACUCUGCUUGCGAUGUACAAUCAGCUUCCCUCUUUAAGCCCCACCCUCCAGUUGAGCUUACCAGUCACACCUGUGGAACAGCAAAGUCAUAACUGAUGGUUAUUUGAAGGGUCUAAUGAAUGCAAUUCAUUAAGAUCUGUGUUCAAAAUUAUUUAAAACAUCCAAUCACCCCACAAAAACAUACCAUAUAAAAACAAAUAUAGGUAUUAAAACCUCCUUACAAGUGAAAAUACAAAAAAACAUGUUUUUACAAGAACAUAGUUAGGAAUGACCUUUUGACAUGUGCAGUGUCACUAGAGCAAUGUGGUGAGGUAUUUCACACUUUAUCAGAAAUAAGCCUACAUGUCAUUAUUGAGUUGUAAAAGGAAUAAUCUGACAUUUUGGGAAAUACUUGUCUUCGUUUUCUUGCCAAGAUUUAGAUGAGAAGAUCGAAAGCAUUGUCCUGUAUGUGCGUUAAAUAUGAAGCUAAGCUAACCUUCGGACAGAGCCAGGGAAGCUCCAGCAAAAAAGCAGAGUAUUUCCCAGAAAUGUCAAAUCAUUCCAUUAAGGCCAAGGUAUUCUUUUUUAAAAUGGGAGAUUAGUAACUUGCUGAAACAGUCACGUGUGACUGGCGUGCACUAUUCCUACAGCAUUUUUCCCCUUCCAUGCCAGAUUUGGUUCGUCAUCGUGCACACAAAGAGUAACGCCAGAUGUUCGACAACAACUCGACUGAAUUAGGAAAGAAACCAUCAAAGUUGUUUUGUUGUGGGGUCAUAGAGGGUGUGUCGAAGUACAAACUCAUGCAUUGGAGGAAAGUAAAAACGCUGCCUGUGUCACCUGCUGUUUGAGGAACACCUCAGUCAGCCAGUCACGCCUUUCACACUGACAGCACAACGCUGAAUUGCUGACAACUGCUCGGGUGCUUUAUGCAUCUUUGACGGCAGCGCUGGGGAUGUGACCAGGAAGAAACACAAUAAGCUUUUAAAAAAGACAAAGAAAUAUCUGUAGGGUCCCUUUGGAAAAGAACAUCCUGUCCUGUGUGCCUGUAUGUACGUCCUUGGUGUGUUUACGUGUGUGUGUAUCCCACAUCCCUUUCCCCUCUCCUGCUCCUUGAUCCAAAGCAACUGGGAUCAGCUGAGUAUGCUAUCACAUACUAACACCUAUCCAGUUUAAUCAGAUCCUUCGAUGAUGUGAUGAAUCAGGAACGGGGCCAAUCAGAUUGGAAAGAGAGAGUGAGUGUGUGUGUGUGUGUGUGUGUGUGUGUCAGCGUUUAAUCUUUUUUUCUCUGUCUCGUCUGGUGUUUGAGCAUGUUCUCACAUGUCAGCCAUUUACAAGUGCCUGAACGCAUCCUCUUUAUCUACUUGUGUAUUUAAAUUGAAAAAAAUGAAAGAAAUGACUCCCUGUAAUGAAUUAGACCCAAUUUUUUUACGCUUAGUAUUUUUACCUCUGUAAAAAAAAAAAAAAAAGAGCGAAAAUUAUAUUAUAUAUAAAAUAUAUAUAUCAAGUGUAUGUUGUACAUUUUUUAUUUCUUUUUUUUUUUUUUUUUAAAUAACUGUUUUUAACACGUACAAUGGUUGUAGCUCUUGCUUUUGAGAAGGAACAGGAAGUACUUUGUGUAGAUACUGAAGGGUGGCCAGGUCUGUGAGAAAACUAAAGUGAAAUGUGUGUCUUACCUUCCACCUCCAAUAAAAUGACAAUAAAACAGUGAAUCCAUA